AAGAUGGCGGGCCUUGCACCAGCCUUUCUGCAUCUUUACUCUACAAAAGACUUUUUUACCAUUAGUUUGGUGCAAGUAUUGGCGGCGUGGACUUCUGUUGCGGUUUCAAACUUUGCUUCAACUUCUGUCUCAUUAUUAACGCGCUCAGCAGCAUCUCUGAGGUUAUUUUGUUUCGUGUUUGCCAUGUUGUGUUUUGCACUUAUCCGCACAAAAUCUAGGAUCAGAUUGUCGGUGAGUUUUUCCCCUUUUGUAGUUCAAGAUCUGACUUGGUAAUGGUUAUCUAAUCUUCUUCUCUCUCAUUGCUUUUCGCUGCUAAAGUUGGGAAAAAUUUGGUCUUAUUUAGGUGUUUAUUACACCCAUUUUGAAACACUGGUGGUCCCUGUAAUCUGAUUGGCUCUAAUUGGUGCGAUUUAUUCACGAAUUGCACCAUUUUUUGCUCUAAAUUGCAUCUUUUUUCCAGCCAAUGAGGAGGCUACACUAAAAACAAAACAACCAAUCAGACUUCAAGGCUUGUUUAAAGUAACCGGUCAAAUUGCAGGAAGAUGAAAGACAUGAAGGAUCAUGUGGCAAAUUUUUCAACUUUCGUUUCCAAAACUCUUAUUUUUUCCUCCCAAAAAAUGGAUGAAUUUAAUUUCAAACUGGCUCAGUAUUGUAGUAAUUAAAUAUUUGAACUGACCAAGUCCUGUAUUUGGGUGAUUUCAAAAUGGAUGUUAUAAAGUGGUAAUUGAACCUCCUGUUGUGCAAUUUUGGUCUGAAAUCAUAUUUGUGAUUUCAAAUUGAACUCAUGUCGUGCGCAUGUUCAAUUUUGAAAUCACACGUAUGAUUUAAGCCCAAAUUGCACUCCACUCGCUUCAAUUACCAUUAUUAAUUGUUGGCUUGGGUUGAAUCACAACAAAUGGUAUCCAGUCAAAUGUUUUAAAGGGUACACGUGAGAGAAGUAUUUGAUCAACUCAGCCCUCCUUGCAGGCUAAACCUUGUCAAGACAUGGUUUAACUUUGCAAGAAGGGCUUGUGUUUUGUCACUUUUUUCAUGAACAUAUCAGCUCAAAUGCUAACUUGGUUAGUAUUAUUACUUUUAACCAAACUAGAAUUUUGAAUAACUUUUCUCUGAAAUCUUUUGUCACCUUAAGUUCUUAGCUCGUGUUUUGGGUUUUCGUUUGACUUAAAUUUCCCUCUCUCAGUUACAAUUGAUGGUUUUUCUUCUAUUUCUGGAAAAAUUUCUACACAGCCUCAUACUUAAUUAUUCAUCCACAUCUUAUUAAUGAUACACUGAAUAACAAAGCCUCAUAUGUGGAUGCAUAAUGAAGUAUGGAGUUGUGUGGAAAUUUUGCCCUAUCUCUUAAUGGCCCUUUGUGAUGUUCGCUUACUUUUGAUAGAUCAUCAAGAUUGCUUUAGUUUUUAUUUUUAUAACACCUCAUAGAUGCCGUACACAAUGUGGAUAAUCAUUUUGUUUGUCAUUUUACAGAUAGUCCAAGUUUUGAAGCUUAUAUUUUUUGUAUUUGGAUCAGCUGCAAUUUUUCAUGUUAUUGCUGUAUUGUUUGGAGCUUCAAUCACAGAGUAUGAUUUUUUUUGUUUUUCUCUUGGUUUUUUUGUUUUUUUGUUUUAAUUGUGAUGUUUGCAUGAAGGAUGGCUUGGAACACCAAGUACCUGUAAGUCCAAAAUAGGAAAUGGCUGCAGGGAAAAAGAUUUUGAUGGUAUUUUAUGAAUUGCAUAAUUGUUCAUUAACAAUUAUUAUAAAAUGAGUUGAAAGUAACUGGCUAGAGAUGGCAGACUAGCAAGUGGCUUUGCUUGGCAACCUUCACUUAUGAUAAUUGAGUUGAUAAUGUCAAUGGGCCACUGCCUGACAAAGUGCUAAUACUUGAAACAUCAGCUUUAUAAACUCUCUGCAGAGGCCAAUUUACAUUUUAAACUUAGUUGGUAAAAUCUUCUGAUACCCCUCAUUGACCCAGCACCACAGUUUCUAUGGAAAAUUACCUUGUUCCUUCACUGACGACUUUUAUCUUAACUCUUAUGCAGACAAACUGAGGAAACCUUCUGCUGGGCAUUAUUAAUGUCACAUUUAGUUGUCCUUCCUGCCUGUAGUCUGCUAGGGGCACAUUUGGAACUCUUUCCUAGGAUAUUUUUCAGUUCUUGGUAAGUGCUAGGUUCUUGUUCUUGGAUAAGUAUGCUGGACUAGUGAAAACUUUUGAUCUCCAUUUCCAAGGAAAUUUUUCAUGUCACAAAUUUCAAACCCCUUGCCCCUGUUCAUCAUUAACCCUUUCACCCUUAAGAGUGACUAGCAUCUAAUUUCUCCUUACAAUAUCACCACUGAAUCACACAUUAAUGUCAUGAGAUUAAAGGAAAUGAUCACCAAUGAAAUGAAACUCUUGAUUGUUAGACAAAUUCUCCUUGUCAGCACCUUAGUAAAUGUACAGAGAUAAGUAUGGAGAAUUUGAAUACUGAUGUUAGAGUGUAAAGGGUUAAAGCCUUCAACUUGGAAAAUUGAUCAAUAGAUAAAUUUUAUUCAUGGUUCCAUUCCACCAUCAUGUGGGCAAACACCAAGAAUUUAGAAAAAUUAACAAUGAAACAUAUAUUAAAUUUUGAGGAUUUCAUUCCCUGUAAUAUGAAGAGUCAGCGUUAAAUUUAUUGUUUUCCACAUAAAACCAGAGUGACUGAAGAUAAAGACCAACGCAUCCCACAUUAAUGUCUCAAGGCGUCUUGUUCAAUAUAAUUCAGGACUUGGUGCAUUUUUCCAAAAGAAAGUGACAAAGCUCCCUUUUAAUCUUGUUUGGCCUGUUCAUGAUGAAGGGUUUGGAAUUUAGUGGUGAUAAAGCUCAUUUCACUCCACAUUUUCUUUUGUGAGACCAUGAUAAACAUUAUGUGUUUGUAUUUACAGGUCAGAUGGUACUCCUGAAGCAUAUUUCCAAUGUUCUAUUAUAUUCACACUGUUAGGAGCAUGGCUUGGAGCCUUUCCCAUUCCUUUGGACUGGGACAGACCCUGGCAGGUUAGGCCGGGAGAGGACUGGGGCUAUUUAUUUUGAGUUUUUUUGUAGGAACAUUGGACACUAUGGUUAUAGCGGGUUUCGCCCAUAACGAGUUUCGCACAUAUCGUUUCGCCCAGAACGAGAAUGGUUUCGCCCAGAACAAUAAAGGUUUCGCCCAUAAGUAAAACUUCUACACUCUCACUCGGAAAACGUCAACCUUAUAAACGUUUGUAUGCACAGAAUGAAGAAAAGUGACUUGACCUGAGAUCAUGAAAUUUUGAAACGAACAAGUUACUGUUGAAACGAACAAGUCAAUUAUAGCUUUCACUGUGGAGUGGGGAUUGUUAAGGUAAUUCGCGUACGAAAUACUGCAGAGACGUCCGUUUGUCGUAAAAGCAUUGCUAUGAUUUUUUUGCAUCACUUUUCUUCUCGAGAAUUAAAUUAAACGCUUUUGAAAACACUUGCGCGUGGAACAUAUCAUCGUUGCAAAUCUUUUGUACACGGAAGAUAAGUUCCGCACGCCAGCUUAUGAAUACAUGUGAAUACGGUUUCGUGAAUACUAAAACAAAGGAAUCGAGAGUUAAAGAUUGUAUUUCUGACAUAGGUAACGGCAACAUAUAAUUGGAAAAGAGAUAGAAUAGAUAUGCCUGGGCGAAACCAUUCUCGUUAUGGGCGAAACGCUUCUUGGGCGAAACUCGUUAUGGGCGAAACCCGCGGAUACCGACACCAUUUACCAAAUUCCAGGCAUAAUAAAUCACUGCUGAGUGUUUUUUUUUCCUCACUCAUGCCAACAAAGAGAAUCCUCAUCCUUUUAUGAUGAUAAUAAUUGUAAUAAUAAUGAUAUUAAUACUAAUAAUGGGUGAGUGAAGUAGACAUUCUUUGAAGUGGCAAAAAGAUACUUAAUGAAUCAUAUUUUUCAUUUUUUUCAGGUGUGGCCCAUUCCUUGUGUGAUAGGAGCACUUGUAGGUUACAUUAUAGGACUUGCAAUUUCAACGUUGACAUUUGCUUUCAGUGAGGGGCGACUGCGCCCGUGAUAAACCUACAGCGGCUUUCUUUCUUUCAAAAGAGAGCUCCAUGUGC